CCGAUCAUGGGGAUGGUACAGGACCAGGCAGUGUUUCGUUCUGUUGUACAUGGGGUCAUCAUGGGUUGGAGACCUACUAGACGGCAGUUAGCAACAAUAGCAACAAUAACACUGAGUUUACUACAAAUAGUCCAGGCACCAUUUAAGUCCCUCAACCCCCUGGCUUAAAGGACCAAUCCACCCAAAGAACACACUAGUUAUGGUUGUGAGGUUCAAAGGGAAAAAGCAAAUUCUUUCUGUUUCAGCCUACUGUGACAUGGGUUCAAGAGGGCAAAAUCAAGGAGGAGUCUUGAUUAGCCUCUCUUAAGUUAACAAUGUGGUCAAGGUAAGGCUGAAAAGCAGGAGACUAUUAAACGAAUAGCCCCAACUGAAGGCAAAAAUAGGUUACAUCCCUUGGUUACAGGGCAGCCCAGAGAUGCCAACAUAGUGGGAUCAGUCCCUCAAUGGUCAUUUACCUAAUGUAACCCACUGAGUGAAUUUCUAGCGCCAACCUGCACCUCAGCUGAGCGUUAUUAGUCAUCCGAAAGACCAGACCAGGAAGACCACUGCAACACAAAUCCUGCCUCUCUACAAAAAAAACAACUUCAAACUUAGAUCCUGAUGGUCACCUUUGUAGACCAACAGGGGCAUAUUAUUAUUACUUGGCCAAUCCUUCAACCCUAAGUUCACCCAGAGCUGGAUGCAAAGGAGGAUUCCUAUACUAGAAGACUUACUAUGCAAUUUAAAAUAGCAGCACAUAAGACAUGAUCCUUAAGCAAAAAGGUGUGCCCUCAGCUGAACAUCCUGCUGAAUUUUCUCUUGGAAAACAGAUAGAUUUAUCUGCCAGAAAAGACUCAGGUGACCAUUGCCUCUUCCUCUUGCACUCUCAGCAGGGUUACUUUUUACUACAAUAGUCCAACAGUCUCUGCAAAACAGUAAGUGAUAAGACUCUAGGAAAGCCCACAGAAUUAAAAAGAAGCAUCAUUUUCUCUUCCCUUCCCCUGCUUGCUCUUAUUUUGCCUAUCUAUUUUGAGAUCUGUCCCCACGUUUCUGACCUUGUCUGUUUUUCACUCUUCCCUUUGCUCACUUAACUUUGGCUAUUACUGCCUCCACACAUUGUCCCCCUCUCCAUCCCUUUUUCCCCCAGUCCCUGAACCUCAUUCCAGUCAGUUUCUGCACUAGCUGUUCCUGGAACCUAGAAGGCACGUCUCCUUAUCUUUGGAUGCCUGACUCCUUUUUACCUAAAAGUCAAUUUGUCACCUCCUCAGAAAGGUCUUCCUUGACUGCCUCCCAGUUAGACACAUUCUAUCACAUCAAUCCUAUUUUCUUCACUUUGAUUAUUUAUUAUCUGUCUCUCUGUUCCAGUCCCCACCCUCCUCCGAUGUAAGCUCAGUGAAAGCAUGGACUUUUUGCUUGUGCUUACCUUUGUACACCCAGUGCCUGAAACACUGGCUAGCACUUAGUAGCCAGUCAAUAAAUAUUUUUUUAAUGAAUUUUGCACUAUUUAUUCAGUGGCAAACUAGGAUCCAAACCAAUUAAGGUGAGAUCAGCAGUCAUUCUUUUCUUUUGUUGUGUUUCUGUGAAACAUCUAAACACACUGUUACUUGCAUAAUCAAAACAUUAAAUAUUCUGUUUCAUCAGGCCUGAAAGUCCUGAGAAGUAGAAUGGGACUCUCUCCUCAGCUCAGCACGCGCCUUAUGAUAAUUCUUCUAAUGAUAUGCAUCUCAAGCUCAGUUACAGAGGGGCAGGAUUUAUGGACACACUCCCUACUCAUAGGACUCCUAAGAUUUGGGCACUAUCUCUUAAAGUUCUUCAGAAAAUACAGUCCUAGAUUAGAUGGAGGAUUUCCAAAGAAAACGUCAGCACCUAAACUGGAAUCAUUACCCUUCACUCUGAAAUCCAUGACAGGCUACAGGACUGCUACCUGGUGAUUUUUUUUUUUUUUAAACCAACAAAAUAUCAACAAAGAGACCAUUCUUAGUUUUCUUAAUUACGACAAUUUUUCACAUCUGUUAUUGCUUUGUAAUCGCCUUUAAAACACAACUAAACAGAUCACUACUGCCUCACUGAAGAUCACCUAUACACAAAGAAUCAGCUAAAUAAUCAAGAUGGAAAUCAGCACAAGACGUAGGUGUCAUUGAAGACGUGUGUGCCAGACACACAACUGGAGAAGGAAAUAAAAGGGCUAUUGUCCAAUUGUGGAAACAAAAAAGUAAUAUGGGAUUUUCUGUUCUUUGAAGUGUGGGUGGAGAGCAAUACAGAAAUCCAGAAUUAGCCCAACAUCAAAUAAUUUUGGAAAGAGUUGACAACAUGUAAACUCCUCACACAUAAAGUAUUUAGAGCAAGAGACCUUGAUUCCUGGGCGAUGAUGCCAUUUAGGAAUCUUUGAAAGGGCUUUGGAAUUCUGGUAUUCAUAGGAGAAAAUGCUCAUUAUAAUCGGGAGCUACCAGGCAUUGAGAGGUACUCCCGAUAUGACACAGCCCGUAAAUGAACUAUUACAAAGCUUGCAGUAAAGAUCUGGGAUAGAGGCUGAGCACCAAAUUCAAAAGCGGUAAGCAAGAUACUAAGUGCCAUUUAAAAAAAAAAAAAAACGAUUGCCACACAACCACAGUGAAGUAAAGUGGAAACGAGGGGUGUGCAUGGGGGAGAUAAGGGGUGAGGCGGCAUGGGAAAAAAACAAUACAUUUGUCACCCCGUCCCACUUCCUAUACAGGACACAGGCAAAGCCUCGAGCCCCAUUACCUCAGGCACAGAUGGUUACCGUUUAUAGCAAAGGUGCACAGAAAGGCCUUCAGGUCUGAGCCCCUUAAUUCCAGGGCUGUUAAUGAUUAAAGAGAAGGAUGGGGGUGGGGAGGGAAAUGAAGGCGGAGGGAGCUGGAGAUUGACCCACCAACUCCCCCUUGGGCUCCUACCUCACAGCACUUACCCGGGGCAUAGGGCCAGAGUCUGCACCCACUCCAGGGCAGCUCCGGCCCCAGAUCCCCAGGUCCUGUGUUGAGGGGUGCUGGCGGGGGGAGGCAGAGACAGUAGGCUUCCUACCCCCGCCACCACCGCCUCAUCUUCCACCACUGCCGCCGCCUCCUUUUCAUCUGCGGCCCACCGGCGGCAGCCGCCCCGAAGCCCCGCCCCCUCCAUCGCCUCCUGCAUCAUCACUUCCGGUAACCCCGCAGGCCGCCUGCUCCGGGAGGGAGAAUGAGAGGGAGAGGGGCUGGGAGAGAAUGGGUGGAAGAUUGCGUCACAACGUACGCAAGGACGUACGAAGCCGUCGCCAAAUGACAACAGCCACACGACAAGAAGUUCUUGGCCUCUACCGCAGAAUUUUCAGGCUCGCGAGGAAAUGGCAGGCGGCAUCAGGACAGAUAGAAGACACCAUUAAAGAAAGACAGUACAUAUUAAAUGAAGCCAGAACACUGUUCCAGAAAAACAAAAAUCUCACAGACGCAGACCUGAUUAAACAGUGUACAGACGAAUGCACAGCAAGGAUUGAGAUUGGAUUGCAUUACCAGAUUCCUUAUCCAAGGCCAAUUCAUCUGCCUCCAAUGGGCCUUACCCCACUGCAAGGUCGGGGACUUCGAAGCCAGGAGAAACUGAGGAGGCUUUCCAAACCAGUAUAUCUCAAGUCUCAUGAUGAAAUAUCCUAACCCAGGAGAAGGUUUAUUUCUGAGAAUGAUGAGCCAACUAGGUCUUAAAUGUAAAACAGAUGAGAAAACCUAUAUUCACUUAUCUUCUAAAAACCUCCAAGAUAUUGGAAUUCACCCCUGAUGUGUGUCUACAUGUUCCUAGAGUUUGCCAGAGUCUUGCUGCCUAAGUGGCUGAUAGAAACCCUAUGGGUCAUGGACGUUUGCACCCUUACUGAAGUCAUAUUUUAAAUCAAGACUAAGGCCUGUGGAAGGAAGAGUGAAGGUUAAUAAAGGUUUUCAUGGGAAUGCUCUUAGCCACACAUGCCAGCUGAUUCAGAGAAAUUAGCCAAUUGCCAGAAGUUCUUAUGGCUACUAUGAAACUAUAUACCACUCUCAGAAUUGUUUUAAAUUUUCUUUUCAAAUUAUAGAUUUGCUUAAAAGUAGGCUUUUUUGUGUGUCUUUUAACCCUUUCAAAUAAUAAACUCCUCUUAAAAGGUACAUCCUAUGGUUUUCAUAGAAAUUUUAUGAGACCCAUUUCCCCUUCCAUAAAUAAAGUGCAUGUCUUAGUUAAAUGCUUAUGUUUACCUAAUCUUAAAGCCUGUGAUUACUUAGGAUGCUGGAUCUGGAAAAGCACUUAAAACUCAUAUUGUAUUCAUCAUAAGUAUUUUACCUUAACAUAAUUGAAAAGUACAAGGGUCAACCUGGCUUUCAAAUUAUGUUUAAACAUAAACAGGAAAAGUAAAG